GCCAUCAUGUGCUUCCUUUAUGGCACGUGAAACCGGCUGACUACAUCUUUUUGAACUGCUGCUCAGGCAACAUCAGGGACAUCAUAACACACUUAGAAGAGAUCGCUAUCCACCCACUUACGUAUACAUGAGCUCACAGACUUCCACUGACAGAGAAGAGAAACUACACCACCCUUCCCUCCUUGAGAGCAUGGCCAAUUUUGCUCUCUUGGGCUCCCGGGAUUCGACUUUGCGAUCACCAGAUGAUCGGGUGAAUGCUACUCUGGGAUCUUUCCCAGAAUGGUUGACAGCAAAUGUUCUGUAUAGCUCUAGUCUUUUGUUGAUCCGUAUGGACUCACCUGCACUCCUUCGCCAGAAAUAGCUGAACAGGCCUGGAUCUGCCACUCACGAUCCCGGUACGUGUGCAGGUUGAGCCCCUCGGCAAUCUCGCUGGCUGUAGACGCUGUUGCCAGAUCCUGUUUAUUGGCAAAGAUGAGCACAGGCACUCCCUUCAGAUUCUCCUCAUCGAUCAGUUCUGAGAGCUCCUACAUGGACGGGAGUUGAGAAAAACGAAUUGCUGGUCAAUAAUUUCAUUUCUGAGGAGAAGAAGAAGAAGACGUUAUUUGUCAUAUGUACACUCAAGCACACAGUGAAAAUCUUCCUCUGCAUUUAACACACGUGAACACACAAGUGAGCAAUGAGCACACACACAUACCCAGAGCAGUGGGCAGCAGUCGGGGGUUAAGUGCCUUGCUCAGGGGCACUUCUGCCCAAACUCAGGCCAUGGCAUGUCUUUGAACUACGGGGGAAACCGGAGCACCUGGAGGAAACCCACACAGACACGUGGAGAACGUGCAAACUCCACACAGAAAGGCCCCCGUCAGCUGCUGGGCUUGAACCCAGAACCUUCUUGCUGUGAAGUGACAGCGCUAACCACUACACUACCGUGCCGCCCAGUAGCACCAGGUCAUAUCUUCAGUUUAAACUGAUCUUUGCUCACAGAUGUAAAAGAAAACUGUUCCAACAUACCAACAAAUCUGUGUUCUCCAGAUACUUUUUCCAGAAGGGGCGGAUCUUCCUCUGCCCCCCAAUGUCCCAGACAUUCAGUUUCAUCCCAUGACAGAGAGGAGGAAAAUGGUGGUCGAGGAGAUACGCCGCCAGGAGGAGGUUGAUCGAACCACAAAGGCUGUCUCACUUGUUAAACAGGGGCAAUGGAUGAAAUGGGAGGGGCUUGAGAGAAGAGAGCUCAGCUGGAGGGAGCUGUGGAAGAUGGAGGCAAAUAACCUGAGUUUCCUCAUCAGGGCCACUUAUGAUGUAUUACCAUCGCCAAAAAAUCUCCACCAGUGGUAUGGUGAGGACCCAACCUGCUCCCUUUGUCCAGCCGAUGCGACUCUCAAGCACAUCCUGACUGGCUGUAAGACCAGCCUCACACAAGGGCGGUACACCUGGAGGCAUAAUCAGGUCUUGAAGUGUCUGGCAGCAGCAGUAGAGACCAAGAGAGCUACGGUCAACUCCUUACCCCAGACAGCAACCAACUCCACCAUAACAGCUUCAUUUGUCCGAGAAGGUCAAAAAAGGCCUAACCAUCCUCCCUCCACACUCAAGCUUAGAGAGCUAGCUAAGGCUCGGGAUUGGAAAUUGUUAGUUGACAUUGGGCACCAACUAAUUUUCCCUCCUGAGAUUGCAUCCACUACUUUAAGGCCAGACAUGGUACUUUGGUCUCCAUUGAUGAAGUCAGUGUAUAUCAUAGAACUCACCGUUCCUUGGGAGAAUGCAGUGGAAGAAGCGUAUGAGCGCAAGAAACUGCGAUAUACCGAGCUGGCAAUGGAUGCUCAACAACGAGGAUGGUCGACAAAGGUCUAUCCUGUAGAAGUGGGAUGCCGGGGUUUCGUUGCUUCAUCCACUAUCAGGCUGCUCAGAGACCUUGGCGUGCAAGGGCAAGCUCUUCGUCAGACAAUAAGAGCUGUCUCCGAAGCGGCUGAAAGAAGCAGCCAAUGGAUAUGGAUGAAGCGGAAAGAUCCUUGCUGGGCUCACAGACCUAUAUAACAUCGUAACAAACUACAGGGUGGGAUUUGGGCUUGGGACACAAGCUCAGGCUUGAUCAACCUGUAGCUGGCCACCUUUGAGGAGGGUGUAUAGUAUCUAAAGGCUGAAACACCCCAUGAAUCAAGGGCAUACUACUGAUGAUGUGUCCCAAAUUCAAAUCUUGACUGGCAGCUUCUCAUGUUGCGCUCUCUUUCUCUCUCUUUCUCUCUCUCUCUCUUUCUAUCUCUCUUUCUCUCAUGCAUACCAUCUACUGGCACAAUGGACUGUUUAACAUCUCG